UUUUCACAUUCAACAAUUCAAUAGAAGGAAGAAAUGCCUUAGCUGUUCAUAAGUAACCCUGAUUACUGGCCUCCUACGAGCUUGAUGAAGUCCAGAAAAUCCUUCGCUGACUGAUGCUUUCCCUGUGCAAAAUCGGAUUUUUGUAUUUUGCUAAUCCCCAGUUACAAUCUGUGUCCUGCUCUUUGUGAUCCACCCUGCAAUCAGAAUCCAGCUAGCCCAGAUGUAACCCAGGACAUUAAUAUAAAAUUUUGACGUUGAAAAACAAGGAUUUAUUAGCCUAAAUCUUAUGAUACAGUAGGGCUGGUCGUUACUGGGCAGAAACUUUGGGAUCUUUCUGAAGAGUAUCCUGUUUCCUUGGGCUAAGGAGUACAAGGAGCUUUCACAGGCAAAGCUGCAAACUGGAAGUUGCCUAGAACUGACACACUGGAGCAAUCACUGCCUGGGCUGGAUGGUUUUCUUGCUCUGAGGAGCACGAAGAGCUUGUAGGAGAUGCCUCGGUGCAUCCUCUGGAUCUUUUUCCUGACAACAAUGAAGGCGAGAGGGGAGCUGCCAUUCAUUGCAGAAAACAACGCGGCUAUGAUGGUAAACUGGAAUGCAGUUGAAGAAAACAAAAAGUUAUAUGCCAUUUAUGACACAAGUGUGAACGAUCCCGGGAACAUGUCCUUCGUGAAAGAAACUGUGGAUAAAUUGUUGAAGGGCUACGACAUCCGUCUCCGGCCGGAUUUCGGAGGUCCGCCCGUCUGCGUGGGGAUGAAUAUCGACAUUGCCAGCAUCGACAUGGUUUCCGAAGUCAACAUGGAUUACACUUUGACUAUGUAUUUUCAACAGUACUGGAGAGAUAAGAGGCUGGCUUAUGCUGGCAUACCUCUGAACCUCACGCUUGACAACCGAGUGGCAGAUCAGCUCUGGGUGCCUGACACUUACUUCUUAAAUGACAAGAAAUCAUUUGUGCAUGGUGUUACUGUGAAGAAUCGAAUGAUUCGCCUUCACCCGGAUGGAACAGUGCUUUACGGCCUCAGAAUCACAACCACUGCAGCUUGUAUGAUGGACUUGAGAAGAUACCCAUUGGAUGAACAAAACUGUACUCUGGAAAUAGAAAGCUAUGGCUACACAACUGAUGACAUCGAGUUCUACUGGAGAGGUGGAGAUAAUGCAGUCACUGGCGUGGAAAGGAUUGAGCUUCCUCAGUUCUCCAUUGUGGAAUAUAGACUGGUGUCAAAGAAUGUUGUCUUUGCCACAGGUGCCUAUCCAAGACUCUCACUGAGCUUCAGGUUGAAGAGAAAUAUUGGAUACUUUAUUCUUCAAACCUACAUGCCCUCCAUACUGAUUACCAUUUUAUCAUGGGUGUCAUUCUGGAUCAAUUAUGAUGCAUCAGCAGCAAGAGUUGCCCUUGGAAUUACAACUGUGCUGACUAUGACAACAAUCAACACUCAUCUGCGAGAGACUUUGCCUAAAAUUCCAUAUGUUAAAGCCAUUGACAUGUAUCUUAUGGGUUGCUUUGUAUUUGUCUUCUUGGCCUUACUUGAAUACGCCUUUGUCAACUACAUUUUCUUCGGAAAAGGCCCUCAAAGGCAGAAGAAACUUGCAGAAAAGACAGCAAAGGCAAACAACGAUCGCUCAAAGUUUGAAGGCAACCGGGUGGACACCCAUGGCAACAUUCUGCUAACAUCACUUGAAAUUCACAACGAGGUGGCAGGGAACGAGAUCACCACCAGCGUUACAGAUGCCCGAAAUUCAACGAUAUCCUUUGACAACUCAGGAAUCCAGUACAGAAAACAAAGCUCACAUCGCGAAAGCCUUGGCAGGCGUUCAUCAGAAAGAACAGGCUCCCACAGCAAGAGGGGCCAUUUACGAAGAAGGUCUUCGCAACUGAAAAUAAAAAUCCCUGAUCUAACAGAUGUGAAUGCGAUCGACAGAUGGUCAAGAAUGGUGUUUCCAUUCACAUUUUCUCUUUUCAACCUAAUUUACUGGCUAUACUAUGUUAACUGAGUGACUGAACUUUUUAAAAGGACUUCAGCUCUAACAAGCGGUGUACUACUUGCCUGCAGAGUUUAUAUAUAUAUUUAUAUACAAAAAUAUAUAUAUAUGAACUUUUACUACAUAGACCAUACUCAUGUAUGUGUGAAUACAUGUAGCAAAGAACCGUGUGUACUUAAAAGCACAUACUGCAAAGCGAAAGCAUAUGUAUGCACACACACAUGUACGCAUUUGUUCUGAGGUCAUGGACACUUCAACAUAGAAUGCACUUCAGAGGAACUUUUUAAAUCAAAAGGCAGGUGUCAUCAAAACAGCAAGCCUUGAGAAAGUAAGUGUUGUAUAUUAUCACUACAGAACUUUGAUUGUCAUAGACGUUUUCAAACAGCUGUAAUCGUGUAUAAAGUCAGUAUUUAGUAACAUUGUUUGCAAAUGCUGCCAUACACCCUAGUCAUAAAGAGGUAGAGUUAUGCUGGUAAGUUGAAGUCAUUUAUAUUGUUGAUCCAUGCACUAUCAUUUCAUCAAGCCAAAUUUAUUUUUCUUUCCUAAAGUUUCCUGGGGUUAUAUAUGUCAUAAUUCACUUCCCCUCCUACCUGGUUGUGAGUGGGCAUUGUUUUUAAUCAUCUCUUGCUUUCUCUUCUGCAGUAAGCAAGUUCAUCAUGGGAGUGUUGCUUUAGGUCUCUGGUGACAUGUACAUGUUCAUAAUAUGUCAAACAAGCAUUUUAAGUGUCCAUCAACAGUGAAAUGAAUCUUUUGUAUGUACUGUAAAUGUACAGCACAUUUUCCUUCCCUUGGACUGGUUCCAGCUGCCAUGUAAUUUUGAACAAGAACAGCACCUUUUUAGUAUAAUUUAGCUGAGAAUUCAACUACUGUCAAAUGUAUUCUACAUCUGCCGUAGAUGUAAAGAUUGUUACUCCAGUGAAAGCAUAGAAGAUGUCUCAGGUUAUUUGCUACUUCAACAUGAAACCACCUAGCCGUAGCCUUUUUUAAACAUUGAUCCACAUUAUUUAACAUUCUUAUAACACUGUAUGUUAAUGUAAAAUAUAUUUGCAUACUAUGCGUAUAAGUAUAUUUUCUCAAUAUUUUCUUCCCUGUGCUUGCUGUUGUGACCGCAUGCUAUGUCAUAUUUUUUUUCUGUGAUGUUACAACAUUCUGUUCUCUAGAGUUGAGCAAGUAGAGUACCUCUGAUACUUUGAUUCAGUAAAAUGGAGCAUUUUCCUAUUUUAUUUGUUUACUGAAAGUGUAUACCCGUACACUUGCCAACUUAGUGUGCUGCUGUCACAGAUCACAAGAGACAGCAAACGGUAUGUUUUCUUUCAGCAUUAGCUAUAUUCUAACAUAUCCUUCAUGCAAAUUUGACCACUUUGGGUUUCGUCCCAGUUCAUUCCCUCACCUGGAUUUUUUUCAGUC